AUGAAGACCCACACAAACUUCUCCUACGGGACCGACUUCGCCGCCGUGAAGAAAAAUUCUUCUUAUUUACGCCGCGUCGAAAAAGCCUUUGGUCGACCGGAACUCGUCUGCUACAUCUACUCUGUGGAGUAUAAAGACAGCUCGAAGGACAGGAAGAUCGCUAUAGUCAUGGAGUUGGUCAUAGAAAAGAGAAAGGAAAGAUACAACACUACUUGGCAGUUCGACCUGUUCAAGUUCUGGAUUCCUGCGUCUUCUGUGUCAUCUGAGGUCUCAAACGCGUUGGGAGAGAAGGACUCUCGGCUUUACCUGGAUGAUGGAGUAUUGGACGCGUUGGAACGAUGUCUCGAGAAGGACUCUCGGCUUCACCAAGCUCUUGGAUCGGAGCUAGACAAGCGGAUCAAGAGGAAGGGGAACCAGUUACUUCCGACCUUUGAAUACAACACGGGCUGGCUUGAUUGGCAAUUCGAAGAUGAAGAUUUGCCAAAGCCUGUCGAGGGUUCCAUCGGAGGUACACAUGUUACACAGGACUCAGGUUCAGCCUCCGACAUCUCUGAUACUGAGAUUGUACCUGAUUCCUCCAUGAGUGGAGCGCUGCCUCCUUCUACAGGCCGAACCGUGCUGCUCGAAACGUGCAUUCCUUCGAUGUUCCUUGCUGUAUUUGAGAGGUUCUUACAGAAGAGUGUCGGCGGCCUGAUGUUGAGCGUGCAUGACGAGCGUAUUGGAGAUAGUCCUCAAAGCGUUGCUGGAUUGCGGUAUCAUGCGACGCAUCUCCGGUAUGCGAUAUCGAGUCGGCAAAUUAGCGAGUCAUACGGCCUGAAAGAUAGCAAUCUAGACUGCGGUGGUCCAGGUUUGGCAUGA